AUGUUCUGCGCGUUGGCCUGGGCUGUUCUUCCCUUGGCAGUGGGCGCUAUCUCUGACCCGGACUGGGAGGCCUUCAAGCACAAGUAUCAGAAGAGCUAUUCCAGCAAGGGCGAGGAAAGAGCCCGCUACCAAGUCUUCAAGGCCACGCAGGAACGAGUCGAUCACCUGAACAAGCUGAAUGGCGAGCCGGCCUUCGGCAUCACCUGGAUGGCGGACCGUUAUGAGGAGGAGAAGUACAAGAGGGGCCACCGCAAGCCCAAGGGCUUCGUCCCCGUGGCCCCGGUGCGAAACUUCUCCGAUGCCGUGUCGGCCAAGGCUGUUGACUGGCGACUUACCGAGGCCGUGACGCCCAUCAAGAAUCAAGGGCAAUGCGGCUCCUGCUGGGCCUUCAGCGCAACGGAAGCCAUCGAGUCCCAGCUGAUCCUGGCCUCCGGCGGCAGGUACGACAUUGCGCUGUCUCCCCAACAGAUCACCAGCUGCGCACCCAGCACCGGAACAUACGGCUGCCAAGGAUGCAAUGGGGGCUUCACGGAGGGUGCCUACGAAUAUCUCAAGACCGCGCCGGGCCUAGCCAACAGCUUCUACAUCCCUUACCAGCAGAGCCUCACCGAGUCGACCGACACAGUCGCCUGCCCCAAGGAGAAAGUGGCGGCCAUGGACGGCCCUUACAUGCAGCUGUCAGGCGGCUAUGCAGCCGUCACAGGCUACAGCUACGCCGUGAAGCCCUGCACUGAGGGGAGCUGUGAAAAUCAGGACCUCAAGGGAUUGGCCGCUGCAUUGGAGCAAUCUCCCAUCUCCGUGUGCGUCAACGCAGGUGUCUGGAACGAUUACACCGGUGGUGUUUUGUCGUCGGCAGCAUGCGGUCCGAUGGGCGCGGCGUAUCAGGACCACUGCGUGAUGGCCGUCGGCUUCAACGCCACGGCUCCUAAGCCAUACUGGAUCGUGCGUAAUUCUUGGGCAUCGACCUGGGGUAUGCAGGGCUACAUCUACCUGGAGAUGGCCAAGAACACCUGUGGCGUCGCCGAUGAUGCAACGAUCCCCGAGGUCAAAGUGGACCUCUCAGAGGAGGAGGCGCGGGAUGCCGCCGCCCGGCGGGCGGCGAUGUUCCGCCGUGCUAGCACCGGGUCGGCCACGGCCACCAGGGAGGAGCCCUUGGUUGUCUGA